AUGUCGGACACCUUUCGAGUCAAGAAUUUGAGAGCUUGGGGACCCUGCCUGGAGGCACGCAAUUCAGAAAAGGCCCAGUCGAUGCUGUUUCGCUUCCGCGAGGCGCAGGCCGCCGACCUGGGCAUCGUCGACACGGGCCGCGCGCGGCGUCCACGCGCCAUCACCGAGGUUGAUUCGAUUCCAGUGUGCGAGAAGUGGCGCGGCCAGGUCCUCAAGGAAAUUUCGCGCAAGGUGUCGCGCAUCCACGAGCCAGUCCUAAGCGACUACCAGAUCCGGGACCUCAACGACGAGAUCAAUAAGCUGAUGCGCGAAAAGCACAUGUGGGAGGUGCAGAUACGUAACCUUGGGGGACCAAACUAUAUGCGCGGCGGCGGCAAGGUCUACGACGAGCAAGGGCGCGAGGUGCCCGGCGGCGGCCGGGGCUAUCGGUAUUUCGGCCGCGCCAAGGAGCUGCCCGGCGUCAAAGAGCUAUUCGAGGCGGCGGCGGCAAAGAAUGCAGAGGAUAGUGGGAAGCCGCUGGAGACGAGCAAAGACCUGCGGAGGGCGGUGGACGCGGCCUACUAUGGCUACGCGCCGGACGAGGAGAACGAGGCGCUGCUGCGGUACGAGGCAGAGAAGGAGAGGCAGGCCGUGGAAAAUCUGCUGAGGAAUGGCGUGCAGGAGCCGCCAGAGGGCUGGGAGCCGCUGCCGGGUGACUCGGGCGACGGGCAUGUUGUGAGCUUGCCGACGCUGGAGGAGGUGCAGGAGGAGCUCAUCGAUCGCAGACGGCGAAAGCUGCUGGAGCAGCUCUGA